AUGUUCUAUUUCGACGAGGAUCAUAUGGAAAAUGGUUUCGACGCACCGCUAGCAUCGGACAACGAAGAGAAGCAACGGGUCUGCGAAACACACCAUCGGCGGCGGCAAGAGCAAGUUGGUGGUGAGGGUGAAGCACAAAAACCGACUAACGAACAUCUACAAAACAGCAAAGAGUGGCAGCUAGCAAAGAAUUCGGGUUCCACAACGACAUCAUCUAUAGGAAGCUACGGCGGUGGUCGUUGUUCUUCGGAGGCAACGACAGGAAGUUCUCCUCACGACUUUAUUUCGAGUCGCUUUUCGGAUCAUCCUGUAGAGGGAGAAUUUGAUGGUCUAAGUAAUGGAGAAUCAGAAUCCGAAGAACAGCCUGCCGAACUUGUUCCAUUAGGCAUGCGUACCUAUAGCUUGUCUGGUUGUAAAGCACGUUAUCAUAAAAAGGCUCGAAGCCAUUUUGCAGAUUUCUACAAGCUAGUGGAUGAUCAUCUUGGGUCAGGAGCAUUUGCAAAUGUUAAAACGGGUAUCUCACUCGCAACUGGUAAAGAAUUCGCUAUUAAAUUGAUUGACAAACAUAAAGCGGGUCAUACACGCUCACGUGUUAUGCAUGAAGUUGAAACAUUUAAUCUAUGCAAAAAUCAUCCAAACAUCGUGCAGUUGCAUGAGUGGUUCGAAGACCAUGACCGAUUUUAUUUGGUGUUCGAAAAAAUGCGCGGUGGUCCUCUACUCGAUCAUAUCCAACGCAAGAAAUUUUUUACGGAACAAGAAGCAAGCAAAGUAACAAAAGACAUUGCCACAGCGCUCAAAUUUUUACAUGAUCGAGGAAUUGCACAUCGUGAUGUGAAACCAGAAAAUGUAUUGUGUUCAGAUGUCGAUCGCGUAAGCCCGGUGAAAUUAUGUGAUCUCGAUCUUGCAAGUAAAGCGAGUCCUCCAUCUCCACCGCGACUAACUAAUGUCAACAGUGAGCCAGAUUUAGCAAGCCCUGUAGGAAGUGCGGAAUUUAUGGCUCCGGAGGUAGUGGAUGCUUUCGUUGGCGAUGCACUUAAAUAUGAUAAGCGGUGCGAUAUGUGGUCACUUGGUAUUAUUGUUUAUAUCAUGAUAUGUGGUUAUCCACCGUUUUAUGGAGAAUGCUGGCGUGAAAAUUGUGGCUGGGAUCAGGGUCUGGCUUGCAACGACUGUCAGGAAAGUUUGUUCAAACGCAUUCAACGGGGCCAGUUCGAUUUUCCGGCGCCGGAAUGGGAAAACGUGAGUGAGGAAGCAAAGGAUCUCAUUUGCCAUCUGCUGGUUAAGAACGUGCGCCAGCGUUUCACUGCCGAUGAAGUAUUAAAGCACCCGUGGGUGAAGAAUGGCGCACCAGAAACCAAACUGCAAACUCCGGGAAAUUUAUUCCGCAAUGAUAGUACUCGUGAUGUUCAUCAGAUGCAGGAGCAUUUCAAUGUGAUGAAUCGUAUUGUUGCAGCGCGACUAAGUGCUCGAAUGGAGCAAAGUGAACAUGAUUCUGAUGAAUCAAUCGAUGAACGACCAAUCUUAAGAAGAUCACCGGAAUACAAAAUAUUUGAAGAUAUUACGGCAGAUAAAAGUCCGGUGAAACCAGUCGAGUCGAAACAAUCGUACAAUAUAGUUACCACAAAAGUUGAAGCAACGUUUCGGAAGCAGUCAUCUAAUCCAAAUCGUGCUAUGUCAAGGAAACAAAAUUCUGAAAGACAAAGUGUCAAAAAAUUAGUGUUUCGUAAAGCUCCGAGUUAUGGCCAUAAUAUUGUACAAUGUGCCGCUCCAGCAAUGCCUUUCAUGAAUGGAGUCAACGGUAGUAGUCAGUACUCCUUGCACAUGUCACAGAUAUCAUUGCCUUCUCCAUUACGGUAUACAGAUGGAGUGCCGUUAUUACAUGCUCCACAUGUUAUGCCGCCACCACCUUUCCAUUCGCCAGGUCAAAUUGUCAAUAUGAAUGGAAUGAUUCUGUAUCCACGUAUGCUGCCGCAACCCAUCUAUCCUCCACAGCAGUUGUCAUCACAACAAAUGUUUCAUGUCGUUUCUCCAUCGUAUGUUGCCAAUACCGCUGUUCGUAUGAUACCCUAUCAAACAACUUACGGCAAUAAUAACUUCCAUGAGGUAGAUAGAAGACGAAAGCUACAGUGUAAUGGAAUGAUGCAAAGAGCUCAGCUGCAACAGUCUUUGGGUAGGCAAGUCCGACGAACGAUGGUAACUGUACGUUCUGCUGCAAAUCUCGCUAGACCAUCUUUCAGCGAUAAUCCAACUGAACAACUGGAAACUUGCCAAGGUGCUAUGGUCAAGCAGGAUUCAAAAACAGACUUACAUCAGUGUCAAGCACGUGAAACUCAGGUCAACGUCUAA